AUGUCGGGACAAAAAGCACUCGACCCUGCCUUCCCCGGUGCGGUAUUUCACUUCCUCCAGGUCUCGCCAUAUUCACUUUUCCAAAUCCUUGCAAUAUCCUCUGCAACAUCAUCGCUGAUAUCUUUCCAAGGGCCACCACUGUCCAAGCCGCGGGUAUUAAAGGCGUACUUAAUUCUCCAGGAUACUGUUAACGGAAUUUCAAGCCCAGGUGUGGAACCAAUUUCUGGCUCGAUCAUGCCUGGCUCUCCAGAAGCUGUACGCAGAUUAUUUUCGCAACUACAAAGUCGACGUCAAGCUCUUUACCACCACCAAUUCUCCCUGCUACGCCAAUAA